AUGAUCACAACAUACAAGAUACUGAGAGGAAUGGAUAAGGUAGACAAGGACAGCCUCUUUAAAUUAAAGGAAAGUAAGACAAGAGAACACAAGAUGAAUCGGGAAACACAAUUGAGCUUGAGAAAGCCACAAGAGCCGAGGCUACAGCAGGCCACAAGAGCCGAGGAUACAGCAGCUACAAGAGCCGAGGAUACAGCAGCCCACAAGAACCGAGGAUACACCAGCCACAAGAGCCGAGGAUACAGCCCACAAGAGCCGAGGCUACAGCAGGCCACAAGAGCCGAGGCUACAGCAGGCCACAAGAGCCGAGGAUACAGCAGCCACAAGAACCGAGGAUACAGCAAGAGCCGAGGCUACAGCAGCCACAAGAGCCGAAGCUACAGCAGGCCACAAGAACCGAGGAUACAGCAGCCACAAGAACCGAGGAUACAGCAGCCACAAGAACCGAGGAUACAGCAAGAGCCGAGGCUACAGCAGCCACAAGAGCCGAGGAUACACCAGCCCACAAGAGCCGAGGAUACAGCAGCCCACAAAAGCCGAGGAUACAGCAAGAGCCGAGGAUGCAGCAAGAGCCGAGGCUACAGCAGCCCACAAGAGCUGAGGAUACAGCAGCCACAAGAGCCGAGGAUACAGCAGCCACAAGAGCCGAGGAUACAGCAGGCCAGAAGAACCGAGGAUACAGCAGCCACAAGAACCGAGGAUAUAGCAAGAGCCGAGGCUACAGCAGCCACAAGAGCCGAGGAUACACCAGCCCACAAGAGCCCAGGAUACAGUAGCCCACAAAAGCCGAGGAUACAGCAAGAGCCGAGGAUACAGCAGCCACAAGAGCCGAGGAUACAGCAAGAGCCAAGGCUACAGCAGCCCACAAGAGCCGAGGAUACAGCAGCCACAAGAGCCGAGGCUACAGCAGCCACAAGAGCCACAAGAGCCGAGGAUACAGCAAGAACCGAGGACACAGCAGCCACAAGAGCCGAGGACACAGCAGCCACAAGAGCUGAGGAUACAGCAAGAGCCGAGGAUACAGCAGCCACAAGAGCCGAGGCUACAGCAGCCACAAGAGCCGAGGACACAGCAGCCCACAAGAGCCGAGGAUACAGCAGCCACAAGAGCCGAGGCUACAGCAGGCCACAAGAGCCGACGAUACAACAGCCACAUGAACCGAGGAUACAGCAAGAGCUGAGGCUACAGCAGCCAGAAGAGCCGAGGCUACAGCAGGCCACAAGAGCCGAGGCUACAGCAGCCCACAAGAGCCCUCCCAGCACCAAGAGUGGAGGCGCCCCCAAGCGGGCAGGGAGGGCAGGCAAGGGAAGAGGUCACCGCCAGGAGCCGCCCACGGGUCUCCGUCCACCUCUCCCGCCUCAGACUGGCUUUGCAGGAGUCACGCUGCAUCAAAAACGUUUUCCAGCAUCAGGGAUAAUCGGCGAGCGCUAUCGUAGCUGGCAAACAUUUCGCGGAAAAUUGAGCGAAUGGAAAACGUUGGGUGGCGAGGCGGGCUGGCUAGGGGCUGUAAGAACGUUUGGUUGCCGAGGGUACGAUGAUGUACGGCUCUCACCCCUGGAAACUGCCAACGCCUCAAGUCGAUAUUAA